CUACAGUCGUUAGUCGAGUCUUUUCUCCAGCGGAGAGCGGACGUUCGUCCGUGCGGUGCCGGGUUUCUCCGCAAUCUUCGUUUUCCGCGUCUGCGCGCCGUGAGGAUGGCCCACAAGCAGAUCUACUACUCGGACAAGUACUUCGACGAGCACUACGAGUACCGACAUGUCAUGUUACCCAGAGAACUUUCUAAACAAGUACCCAAAACUCAUCUGAUGUCUGAAGAGGAGUGGAGGAGACUUGGCGUCCAACAGAGUCUUGGCUGGGUUCAUUACAUGAUUCAUGAGCCAGAACCCCAUAUUCUUCUCUUUAGACGACCUCUUCCAAAAGAGCAACAAAAAUGAAGUCUUUCUGGGAUCAUCAGUUAAAUCUUGUUCAAAUGUAUAUGUGUAUAUAAGGGUAGUAUUCAGUGAAUACUUGAAAAAAAUGUACAAUUCAUCAAUACCUGUGCAUGAGCUGUAUUCUUCACAGCAACAGAGCUCAGUUAAAUGCAACUGCAAGUAGGUUAUUGUAAGGUGUUUAAAUUUUCUUCUAGUUUUUUUCUCUUAAUAUAAGUGUCUGUUUGACUUUACAUGUUAUUUUUGUUAAAUAAAGUUUGUAUGUUGCAUUUA